AUGUCACAGGCCUAUCCAGAGAUUCAUCAGAACCGACGAGAGCUCUCGGAAGCUGAAUAUUCGACGAAACUGCUGGCACUCAGAAACAGGCCCAAUGCCGGACGUAACUGGUAUCUGAUGCGACAACGGUUCCCGAUCGGGAUCCUUGCUUUGGUCCCUACAGGCGAAGAGUAUAAGAUUCAGAAUUAUCGCAUUGAGAAGCUUUCAACCGAAUUAUUUAAGACCUUCCUCGAUGUGCUAGACGAGCAACGAGGGAACUUCAUUCGCGAGGUAGCAACGUCGCUAUUGAAAAUCCGUGACAUCCUACUUCGGGAAGAUCUUAGCCGCCAGUUUGAGUUUGAAAGAGUUGACGGCGAAUCUAUCAAGAAAGAGCAACUCAACUCAUCAAAUCUCAUCCAGCUCUGUGCGCUACAAGCAUACUCUGAUGACAGAAGCCAAGUUCAGGAAUGA